GGGAGAUAAAUCGCCUCUGACGGCGCCUCUUCGCGCCGGGAGCUCCUCCGAUCGCAGCGGGCGGACGGACUCAGAAUAUAAAACCGUGAAGAAAAGCAGCGAUUUUUUAAGAAGACGUCAUGCUUUCUGCAACCCCCCUGUAUGGCAACGUUCAUAGCUGGAUGAGCAAUGAAAGGGUCCGCAUGUGUGGAAUUAAUGAGGACAGGAAAAUCCCAGUUAAUGAUGGCGAUGCACCGAAAAGCAGACUGGAGUUGAGGGAAGAAAACCACCUGAAUCACAGUGUGGUGGAUGCAACUACAGCCCAUCGAAUUGACAGCUUGGCAGCUCUGAGCAUGGACAGGUCUGGACUUAUGCGAGAAGGACUCAGGGUCCCUAGUAGCAUUGUCUAUUCCAGCUUGUGUGGACUUGGCUCUGAAAAGUCGCGGGAUGCUACAGGUUCUAUAGCUGGUCUUGGAUUUACUCCUGAAAGAAAUCCAGAGAUACAGUUUAAGUCUAAUGCCCCUGAGGCAGUAGAAAACGCAGCUGUCUCUGGAAAAGGCCCGAAUGGUUUCAGCGCUAUCUACAAAACGCCCCCUGGAAUACAAAAAAACUCAGUCCCAACGGGAGAAACGCUGGGCUUGGACCGAGCCGCGAGCGACAAGCAGAGCCCUCUGGGCGUCAAUGGUGCUAGCUACCUACGGCUCCCCUGGGUGAACCCCUACAUGGAGGGCGCGACGCCCACCAUCUACCCUUUUCUUGACUCACCAAAUAAGUAUUCGUUGAACAUGUACAAGGCGUUGCUACCUCAGCAGUCCACCUACAGCUUGCCUCAGCACCUGGCCUACUCGCCUGUCUGCACCAACGGUGAGCGCUUCCUCUACCUGCCCCCCUCCCACUACGUUACCCCCCAUAUCCCAUCCUCUCUCGCCUCACCCAUGAGGAUCUCGGCUGCCUCAGCGUCCCCAGCCAUCCCGCCGUUGGUGCACUGUCCAGACAAGGGUCUGUCAUGGAAGAUGGGAGUCAGCCCCGGUGCUCCAGUUGAGACGCACGCCUACCCGCACCUGCCAAACAGCAAGCAGCCCCGUGUUCCUGCUGCCAAGCCGGCACCCAGUGGCCUGGCGCCUGACCCUGCGCUCCUGCUGCCGCACUCGCCCCGGCCAUCCCCUCGCCUCCCACUGCCCGCCCAGGUGGGGGAUGCCUACGCCGAGUUCCACAAACACUUCCCCAGCAUCGCCACAUCGCCCUCCUCCUCUGUCCCGCUCCCCAAGCCCUACCUGAAUGUGGGUGGUGACUUCCCACCUGCCCGGCUGCCCAAUGGCAAGCUGCCCAAGGCUGGUGAGGCUGCUGAAGGGCCGGCACAGGCGGUGCCCCAUGCCAGGAAGGCCAGCCAUGAGCGGAAGGACGGCCGCUCGCCCCCGCUGCUCGAGAAGCAGGCCCCGGCCAAGGAUGCUGCUGACAAGCCCCUGGACUUGUCAGCAAAGGUUGUUGAUGCUGAAGGUGCCGGGAAAGUGGAGCAUGUGAAAAAAAUGCCACCGACAGUACUGGUGCAUGGCCGGGCGGGAGGUGGGCCGCUGCUUCCGGGGGGUGAUGCCCAGAAGGAGACCCUUUCCCCUGGGACCUGUCCCAUCUACCGGCCUGAGAUCAUCAGCACGGCACCUUCCUCUUGGAUAGUUCCUGGACCCGGCCCCGGUGAGGAGAGCGGCAAGAGUGUCACGCUAAAGAACAAGGCACUGGACUGGGUGAUCCCGCAGCAGAGGAGCUCCUCCUGCCCCAGGAUGGGUGGCACAGAGGCAGCGGUGGGCAGUGUGUCAGGGACUGUGCCGGCAGGGGGACGGCCAGCUUCGGCCUCGCCAGCUCCUAAUGCCAAUACAGAUUGUACCAAGGCGGCCAGGAGUGGCAUGGAGAGUGCAGCCUCAGUCAUCCAGCAUGUAGGGCAGCCCCUGGCCACCUCGGCCAAGCACAGCAAUAAGGUGACCAAGCCCUGCGGCCAGGAAGCUGGCUUCAAAGCCACUGAGAGCGCCCUGGCCUCCAGCCCCAUCUUCCUGCCGCCCAACGAGGCGUUCCGCUCCCCGCAUCUGCCCUACCCCAGGAGUUAUCUCCCAUACCCCGUCCCAGAGGGCCUUGCCAUCAGCCCUCUGUCCCUGCACGGCAAGGGGCAUGUCUACCCGCACCCAGUCCUGCUGCCCAACGGCAGCCUCUACCCGGGCCACCUUGCUCCCAAACCUGGCCUACCAUACAGCCUCCCAGCUGGCCGCAGUGAGUUCAUGACCUACCAGGACGCACUGGGAAUGGGGAUGGUGCACCCCAUGUUGUUGCAGCACUCAGCGCUGGAGAUGGGCAAGGAGGAGAAGGGAGAGCGGAGGUCGCGGUCCCACGAGCGGGCACGCUAUGAGGAUCCUUCAUUGCGUGGCAGGCUUCCUGAGCUGCUGGAGGCAGGUGGCAAGGUGCACUAUGAGGUUGCGUCCAGCGAUAAGAUGGUAAAGUUACACCAGGGAUCUGGCAAGAGCUCCUCCAAAAGUGACAAGCAUCUUUUCCCAGAGCUCCUGCGGGACGAGCAGGACUCUAAAAGUGAGGCAAGCUUAGCAAAAUCUGGAUUUGCUGCUGAGAGUGGUGGUCAGGCUAACGACCCAACGAAGCACAAGGUAGAGCAGGCGUCUCAGCACAGGGAUUUUAUUGAGUUCGGAAGGAAUAGUGAUCUGCAUGACAGCUAUAAUUUUAAGCAAGCCCCAAGCUCAGCGUUGUUCAGUUUGAGGAAAGAAGACCUACCUGCUGUUCAGGGCAAAGAGAGAGUGGCCCUCCAGCCUGCGCCUGCCUUCCUGGAGGCUGCCCACGAGACUGAUGGCCCUGUGCUCACUUUUGGCAAAGCGCAGGAUGACGCCAAGCAGUUCUGCUUGGGCACCGCGCAGCCCAGCCUCGAAACCAACCAGACCUAUACCAAAGAUGGACCCGAUGACGCAGACUCUGCUGAUGGCAAAAUACUGAAACCCAAGCCAUCUAAACUGGCAAAACGCAUCGCGAACUCUGCUGGUUAUGUAGGUGACCGGUUCAAGUGUGUGACGACCGAGCUGUAUGCGGACUCGAGUCAGCUCAGCCGGGAGCAGCGCGCACUACAGAUGGAAGGAUUACAAGAGGACAGUAUUUUAUGUCUACCUGCUGCUUACUGUGAGCGUGCAAUGAUGCGCUUCUCAGAGUUGGAGAUGAAAGAGAGAGAAGGCCAAACAGCUACCAAAGACUCAGAGGUCUGCAGAUUCAGCCAGGCAGACUGGGAAAACUUGAAAGGAAGCAGUGAAAAGAAGCCAAAGCCUGUCGCUCUGGAAGAUGCCAUUGCUGACCAAAAUGACAAUGACAGAUGUAACUUUGCUAGUGCAGAAAACAACCAAGGUCACUUUCUCGAAGCUCUGGAGGAAAAAGAUCUCUCAAAUGAGAAAUGUUAUGUAGAGAGACAUUCUAUAUACGACAAAGCGGAAGACCAGCCAACAGAAGAGAUUGGCCAACAUCCAUGUCCGCGUCUGGACAGGAAGCGUAAACACUCUGGUGAGAGAGUGCAAAAUGAUGGCAGCCAAAGCGAGGGCUUUGUGGACGAGCUGCAGGAUGAAUUUGUAUCAAAGGCAAAAAAGAAGAAGAGCUCCAAAGAUGACUGGCCUGAGAGGGAAAUGACAAACAAUUCCUCUAACCACUUAGAAGAGCCCAAUUGUAAUGAGGUGACCAACCUGAAGGUGUGCAUUGAAUUAACAGGGCUCCAUCCCAAAAAGCAGCGUCACCUGCAGCAUCUUAGGGAACUAUGGGAGCAGCAGGUGUCACCAGAGAGAUCCCCGUCCGGCAAGUUGGGCCGGCAAAGCAGGAAAGAUUUAGCUGAGGCUGUUCAGCCAGAGGCCACUGCAAAGGUCAAAGACUUCACAGAAGAAAGGCACACCAAGAAAAGGUCAGAGGCCAAAAGCAAUAGAAGUUGGUCUGAAGAGUCCCUCAAAACAAGUGACAAUGAACAAGGCUUGCCUGUAUUCCCAGUGUCUCCGCACAUGAAGAGCCUUUCAUCCAGCAAUGCAAACAGCAAAAGGCAGGCUCAGCCAAGCUGCACUCCAGCCUCGAGGUUGGCUGCCAAACAGCAGAAAAUUAAAGAAAGCCGGAAGACAGAUGGGCUGUACACAGACGAAGAGGAGGAUUUCCAACCUGAGUCUCUGCUGCAGAAAUACGCCGAGUGCGAGAAGCCAUCAGGGAAACGUCAGUGUAAAACAAAACACUUGGCACUGCAGGAGAGGAGGAGGAGGUCAUCCCUGACAGGGGAUGACACCACAGAUAUCGAAAAUGCCGAAGAUAAGGUGGCGGUGCCGAAGAAGGUGAGGAAGCGCACGGAGCCCACUUCAGACUGCGACUCUUCGCCCGCCAAACCUUAUGAGCAGAAGCUGUAUGAGCGGCUGCAGCCCGCCCCACCGCCUCCCCAGCCUGCCGCGUUGCAGGUGGCCAGUCCCCCUCCUGAGCCCCCCCCCAGCCGGCCCAUGCCGCCUGAGGCCCGCCGACUCAUCGUCAACAAGAACGCAGGCGAGACCCUGCUGCAGCGAGCGGCCCGCCUGGGCUACGAGGAAGUGGUGCUGUACUGUCUGGAAAACAAGGUCUGCGAUGUCAACCACCGUGACAACGCAGGUUACUGUGCCCUGCAUGAGGCCUGUGCCAGGGGCUGGCUGAGCAUCGUGCGGCACCUCCUCGAGUACGGGGCUGAUGUCAACUGCAGCGCGCAGGAUGGAACCAGACCUAUCCAUGAUGCAGUAGAAAAUGAUCACUUAGAAAUUGUCCGCCUGUUACUGUCUUACGGUGCUGACCCAACGCUUGCGACGUACUCGGGGAGGACCAUUGUGAAGAUGACCCACAGUGAGCUGAUGGAGACCUUCCUCACAGAGUAUUUAACUGACCUGCAAGGUCGAAAUGGUGAUGACCCUGGUUUGUACUGGGACUUCUAUGGAAGCUCUGUAUGUGAUCCGAAGGAUGAAUCUGGAUUUGAUGUCUUGGCAAACCCCCCUGGCCCGGGUGAGGAAGAUGAAGAUGGCUUUAGCGAUGUGUUUGAGUUUGAAUUUUCAGAUGAGCCUCCCUUGCCAUGUUACAACAUACAAGUGUGUCUCUCUCAGGGACCGCGAAACUGGCUCUUGCUCUCAGACGUGGUAAAGAGGCUAAAAAUGUCGUCUCGCAUCUUCCGCUGCAACUUCCCCAAUCUGGAAGUCGUCACCAUCACAGAGGCAGAGUUUUACAAACAGACUUCUCUCAGCCAGUUGUUCGCUUGUGCUACGGACCUUGAAGCGUUUAACCCAGAAAGCAAAGAGCUGUUGGACUUGGUAGAGUUUACAAGCGAACUCAAGACUUUGCUGGGCUCCUCGCUUCAUUGGUUGCAUCCACAUGAGGACCCUCCCUUCGACAUCCUUUGGUGAACCAACAGGCCGUUUAAUGUACAGUGCUAUAUACAAUUACUUCUUUAUGUAUAUGUGUUCAAAUGCAAUUGUUUCUGUAAAGAAAGGACACUAUUAAAUAUGAAAAUAUCUUUCCUUUAUAUAAGAGAUCUGAAUUCCAGUUGGAUGGAUUUUGGAAGAAUUUUUUUUUAACUUCAGUCAGUUUUUACAAAAUUGUUAUAUAAUGUUUCUUUAAAUGCACACAGGCUUUGGGAUAAGUUUGUUAUUACUUGGAACAUUUUUUUUUUUUAGAGAACACACCCACACACUGACUUUGUUUCAUACAAAGCACUGAUUACACAGAACAUACUUUUUAUAGGUGAUGUGAUCAAAGUCAUGUGGCUUGUUUGGGAGAUAGGAUUCGGUAAGGCACUUGGUGAUAUUAUUUUUGUUUUUUUGUUUACAGAAUUACCUGCUUUGGCCAGGUAAGCACUAUUGAAUAUAAUUCAAUAGUUUGUAAUAUAAAUUAAACCAUAUCCAUACGCAUCAACUAAUUGUAAGAACUUUUAUAUCCUAAUUUAAAAGCUGUGAAAUUUAGUUUUCACACAUCAAACCGGAUUGUUUAUAUAUGUUUAAACAUUUUAUGCUCUUUAUUUAAAGAAGACUUUGAACUAUUUUUUCUGUACCUUGUAAAAUAUUGAAAAACUAACAUAUGUUGAAGUUGCUUGAAAACUGUACAUAAACUAAAUUUUCUGAAUUGUGUGUUUAUGUUUGAGAUCUGUGUUUUAACUUUGUAAGUAAAUCUCCUGCCUUUGUAUUUAUAUUUUACAAAAAUUUUCUUAAAGGCAAUAAAACUGUUGAGAAAUGAAGAUGCUAACAUGA